AUGCCUCCGAGAAGGGAAGAUCCCGAACUCGCAAGACUUGUGUCUGAGCAGGUACUAGCAGCACUCCCAAACAUAGUAAGCCAAAUAGCGGCAGGUCUGAAUGCUAACCGAGAGAACAACCCGGGAACAGGCACGAAUAGAGAUAGGGAAUGCACGUGUAAGUCGUUCCGAGCCUGUAAGCCUAAGGAAUUUCAUGGAACUGAAGGAGCGGUUGGACUGUUAACCUGGAUAGAAGGAAUGGAAUCUGUCCUUCAUAUAAGUAAAUGUACUGAAGGAAACAAGGUGGAAUUUGCUGCUUGUCUUCUGCAAGGACGAGCGCUGAAUUGGUGGAACACACAGGUACAAACUCGAGGCCGAGAUGCAGCCAAUAGACUAUCAUGGGAAGAGUUUAAGAAAAUGCUCAAGGAGGAGCACUGUCCAAGGAGUGAGAUCCAGAAACUAGAAGCAGAAUUGUGGAACCAUCAGAUGAAGGGAAAUGACGUGGACUCAUACRCUGCACGUUUCCAUGAGUUAGCCAAAUUGGUGCCACAUUUGGUGACGCCCGAGGAGAACCGAGUUGAUCGAUAUGUUUGGGGCUUGUCUCCUGUAAUCAGAGGGAAUGUGACUUYGGCUKACCCRAAAACCCUACAAGAAGCAGUGWAAUUAGCGACAAGGCUCACCAACAWUKCAAACCGUUCGGGAGCAUUCACAAGUGACAAGGCAAGAGSAAAGAGGAUAAUGGAGGAACCUGUUAGAAGACAGUUUGGAAGAAGGAUGGGUAAGGAGCAGAGAGUAUCAGGAAACUAUGGAAUUCAGGCACCGGCGACCGAGAAAGGGAAAGGAUCAUACACAAAGUGUGACAAGUGCAACAAACAACACCUGGGGAGAUGUAUCACAUGUCUUAAGUGCAAGAGGACAGGACAUGUUGCAAAGGAUUGCAGAGUCGGAGAAGGACGGGUUUGCUUUGAGUGUUGA